UAGCGCCCGUGAUUAAUCUUACCUUUAACCGUGUUGGCAUGACCGUCGAUCAACUCCGGUGGUUCUCAGGAAAGGAGGUCCAAACUGGACAGCUAGCAAAUACAAAAGCGGUGUUUUCCUGUAGAUACCCAUUGGUUCGCUCUAUGCAUUCAUCGUCAUUUACGCACCGAAGUCAUUGAUGGACGUUCAAGUACCAGACGACAUUGUUCUGCUGCUUCUACAGUACUGUGAGGUUCCCGCCCUCCUGAAAUUCAGACAGACGUGUAGGAGAAUUCACUCAAUCUCCCUCGCGAAACAGCUAUGGGUGAUCCUCUACUUCCGCCAUGUCGUAGGACUUAACCUACCUACCCCCACAUACUUGAAUGAGAUCGAUUCACUUUCUGCAACGCAGCUGCAAGCAUUCGUUCUUCACGCACUGAGACUGUGCGCCCGUACAAUUGAAAAUCCUGAUCAUUUCUCCCCAACCAUCGUUCCAUUUUAUCGAACGAGUUCGAUAACAUGGGUUCGCCUCAUACUCUCGACAUGGCUCUUGGUUGCCUCAUCCGACCGCGCCACCAGCAGUAUUGCACUCUGGUCGGUCAACGAUCUUCUAUUAUGUCAACAAUCUCCGAAGCCAGUUACGGAAGCCUAUCUUGAGGCACCUGUGAGCAACGGCGUAAUUGAUAUUAUCGAUGGGCACGUCUUCAUUGCCUUGGAACUUCGUGGAAGAGUUCCCACAGUCGAAGUGUUGACGAUAAUGCACCAUGACGAGCAGCCGACAUUUCAACGUCUACAAGGCAUUUCCAAUGUGUCCCAUAUUCGUUUUCUCCGGGGCCCAAUGAUAGGAGCGUCGCUGCAUAAUAAUAUCAACAUCCCCUGUGUGCUAAAUUGGAGGCAUGACAUUACCGAGAGAUUGCGAGCCGUUCCCGAUUUAGAGGGUGGCUCUGUUGCCAUGCAUAUGGAAGACGAUUGGAUCGCUGUGGUUCGACGACAAGUGAUCGAGGUUUGUAUAUUAUGCCCUGAUGAGGGGGGUGACUAUCGUUUCUGGAGAUCCGUUGAUUUACCCCACAAAGUUGGCUCUGCGGCGUUCUCCCCUACGAUUUGCCGAGAUUCUUCGAAUUCUAGGAGUCCACUGAGGCUAUGCAUCGCCUGCGAUGAUGGAAUCUUUGUUUAUCAACUUGACUGCGACCUGUCAGUGGGUUCGCUAUCCCUCACCAUAUUAUGGCAUUACACCGCCCCUCGAACGGACGAGUACAUCUUGGAGGCGUCUCAGGUGUCAUUUGGAGUGACCGAUGGAACCGUUUCUUUCCUCCUGGGUGCUGAGGAAAAUUUGGAGCAGCCAAUCACUUUUGCUAUGGCUAGAAUCCCUGUCGGUGAUAGCGAUGCGAAGCCACCAACGUUCGAUUGGUAUGAUGACACAAUGCCUAGUCAGUACUGCAUGGGUAUUCGUGAUUACGAUGAAUCGCGAGGGAUCGCAGUCUUUGGAAAUGCCUUCGGUGAACUGGCUCUGUAUGAUUUCAGUGGCUCAGAUGCGUCUUUGUUUGAGGGCACUUUCCGGGAGCUGAGCUUUACCUUAGAGGUCGGGGGUCUCCUUCCUACAGUGACUGCUGCCUCUAUCUUCAUUUCUAUUGUUGCUGAAAUGCGUGGUAGGAUCCAAUUGCAUCCACGCCGGCACCCCCAUUUCCCUAUAGCGGAUCUUUCUGCUUGGAGGAAUGCGAGCCGAUGAUUUUCGAUUUUUGGAAAUCCUAUAGGCUUGCUGAUGUACCGGACAGAUGGGAAACGGACUUUGAAGAUACACAAUGGUUCAGUCUUUUCUCAGGUGAAGUACGGGUCAUGAGCUGGGACGCCUGGAGCCUGGAAAAUGCCAGUCACUACUAUGGUCGACCAAUCCCUCUCCUACGAAAGGGGUUCUGAGACGAUAUACUCGAAGAUGUCGCGCUCAGGGUCAUCGAAAGGAAGCAUUUUGAUGACGACGUCUCGAUGUUCAUUGUUAAUAGCGGGGUAGACAGCAAGCUGAUAAACGCAGAGGGAUGAGUAUGAUAGAGAGCAAAUUUGGAGGAAGGAACAUCCGUCCAUCUGGACUCCCGUUCCGAGCAUAUGAAUGGGGGAAUUCCACUGGGUCCUUACUGAGCUCAUAAACGGGUGAGCCUUGAGGGAUAAUAACUCCGUCAUGGCUAGAGUGUUGAGGAUAUAAGGUAUAACAUGGCUCCAACGCAGUCCAAACGAGGUCUCUCUUCGAAUGAAUUCAAAAUCGAGAAAAGUCAAUCACCGGCAGACAUAAAAGAAGAUUUCCAGC